AAGUGUUGGUUAGCAACAAGAAAGCGGCGGCUAGGUUAGCUGCAUACUUAGCUUGUGUUAUUAAGGUACACUUUUUUUAGCAUAUCAGCGUGGAUUUAACGCGUAUUCAUAACUUAAAUAAAUAUGUGUACGAACAGAUAAUUGAGUAAACGCAGCCAGUAACAACGAGGUAAAAAGAGCUCCCUCUAAAACAGACAACAACAGUUAGCAGUUAGCACAACAUCAACCGAGCUAACGCUACAUACAGAAACUAACAGCCAUGACUCUGGCAGUGGGCCGCGAACCCAGAAAGACUGCGGGUAACCGCAUGUCAAAACUACUGGAUGCUGAAGAAGAGGAUGAAUUCUACAAGACAACAUACGGAGGCUUCAACGAUGAAUCAGGAGAUGACGAGUAUCAUGGAGAGCAUUCAGACACAGAGGAUGAGGUGGACAGCGACUUUGACAUUGAUGAGGGUGACGAGCCAGACAGUGACCAGGAGGAGGAUGCACCUCGGAGGAAAAGUCGGGUUGUCACCAAAGCUUAUAAGGAACCUAUAAAAGUUGCAAAGCCCAAACCCAAAAGACCCUCUGAGGAACAGAAGAAGAUAGAGAAAACUAAAGUGGAGCUCAAAAGAAGGAUUCCACAAGAAUUCCAAGAUUUUGCAGAGCCUCGGAAGUCUGUGCGACAAUCCACCAGUGAACAUACCCGAAAGACCAAUCUGCGCUUGCAAGAACGCCAGGAUGCCCCUCGGAGACGGAGGGGUGCUCAUCGCGACCGGCCCCUUACCCAGGAAGAACUGCUGGCUGAGGCCAAAAUAACAGCUGAGAUUAACAUUCGAUCUUUAGAGAACUAUGAACGUCUGGAGGCGGAUAAGAAGAAACAAGUCCACAAGAAGCGGCGUUUUGAAGGACCAACCAUCCGUUACCAUUCAGUCCUGAUGCCGCUAGUCUCUCAUUCAGUCCUAAAAGAAGAAAAUGUGGAUGUUGAAGGGUUGGAUCAAGAUGUCCCUCAGACUGCACCACAAAAUCCCACCACACCUUCCCAGCAGCCUGCCGGAGGCCUAUGCUCCCGUACUUACAUAACAUUCAGUGAUGAUGAAGCUUUCGAGGCGGCCUUUCCACACAGUGCCCAGUCAAGUCCUCAGCUGCCCGUCCAGGAGGUUUGUCCUGUCACCCACAAGGCCGCACUGUACAGAGAUCCAGUCACUGACAUACCUUACGCUAACACACGAGCCUUCCGCAUCAUCCGAGAAGCCUACCGUAAAUACGUGGCUGCUCAUGGAUUUCCAAACACUUCGGGAGGCGUGACAGGACUUGACUCCUCAGCAACGAAGGGUGCUCGCCAGAAAAUGGUCGUCAAGCAGGGUGCUGUUGGAACAUAGAUUAGUUUUAAAAGUAUUUAAGAAAUAGGUCUGUGCGUCUUUUUUAGAUUUAUUUGUUCAAGUAGAGUGACUUGAAGUAAGAGCCGCAACCUGUGGCUGUGCACCACCAUGGGGUAAACACCUUUUCUGAAAACAAAAAUAUCUUAUCUGAUUUUCUCUCCAUCCAUACAAAGUAUCAUUGGCAUCAGACAUUAGUUGGAAAAGUUGCAGAUGUUUUGGGAUUUAGCAAAAACUGUUACUGUUGUUGAAGGAAUCAAAAUGAACACAAAUAUUUUUGGUGCUACUGUUGACUGGACGGCAUAAAAUUAAAUGAAAAUAAAAAGAACUAAUAAUAAUUACCACAACCAGAUCAGUUGGUGUAUUCUCCUAAACUGCAUAAAAGUCCUACUUAUGACGUCUCUGUACAGAAAUUCAUUGUGUACAUUAAUACCCCGACAAAUCCAGGUUGAGUGGAUGGAAAACUGCAGGUUGGCUUUGGAAGCAAAGUAGGCCUCCAACUGCACGUUGGCAGCUUUUGAUAUUUUUCUUUUUCUUAAAUGCAUUUUUUACUGUCAAGAUAUUUGGUUUCUACAAAUGUACAUAUUUCUCAACAAAAAUAAAUAUUUGAAAUGUGGGAAAAAAA